AAACCCCGACUCCACGUUCUCUCCUCAAUCCCCUUCCUCUCCCGGGCGCGAGUGCUGUAGAUCUGACUCGUCAGCCGCCGUGCCGAAACCUCCGCCGCGCCGCCGUUUCCCCCGCCGCCGUCGCCGUCCCUGGUUCAACCUCGCCCCCGCCCCUGCCGUCUCGACCCCGCCGCGCAAAUUUGCCUCCCGAGGUUGUGAUCAUCUAGAAUUCUAGAUCCGCCCCCCCUUUACUGCGCCCUUGGGCAACGGUUUCGUCGUCGACGCCGCGGGGGCUCUUUACUUUGGAGUUUGCGGAGAAAACCACCCGGAUAAUCUUCUCCUGCUCCCGCUGCCGUCACCAUGAAGACUCAUGAGCGUGCUGCUAACUUGGCUCUUGCUGGUUUGAGCUUGGCGCCGCUUGUGAUCAACGUGAACCCGAAUCUGAAUGUGAUACUGACGGCAUGUCUUACCGUCUAUGUGGGUUGUUACCGUUCUGUCAAGGCAGCUCCGCCCUCUGAGACAAUGUCCAAAGAGCACGCCAUGCGGUUCCCUUUGGUCGGCAGCGCCAUGCUUUUGUCGCUGUUCCUUCUGUUCAAGUUCCUCUCCAAGGACUUGGUCAAUACCGUUCUCACUGCCUACUUCUUCAUUCUUGGCAUUGCCGCGCUCUGCGCAACGUUACUUCCUUCCAUUAAACGUUUUCUUCCGCAAGGAUGGAAUGAUAAUGAAAUCGUUUGGCGUGCUCCAUAUUUCCACUCGCUCUCGGUGGAGUUUACCAAGUCUCAAGUUGUUGCUUCAAUCCCAGGAUUUUUCUUUUGUGUAUGGUAUGCCAUGAAGAAGCAUUGGCUAGCAAACAACGUUUUGGGAAUUGCUUUCUGUAUUCAGGGAAUUGAGAUGCUAUCACUAGGAUCAUUCAAAACCGGUGGUAUUCUCUUGGCUGGACUUUUUGUGUACGACAUUUUCUGGGUGUUCUUCACUCCAGUUAUGGUCAGUGUUGCUAAAUCAUUUGAUGCUCCAAUAAAGCUUCUGUUUCCAACUGCGGAUGCUGCACGCCCAUUCUCGAUGCUUGGACUUGGUGACAUUGUCAUACCUGGUAUAUUUGUCGCACUUGCCCUGCGUUUUGAUGUCUCGAGAGGGAUUAAGAACCGUUACUUCAAUAGUGCAUUUUUGGGAUAUACUGCUGGUUUGACAGUAACCAUAGUUGUGAUGAACUGGUUUCAAGCUGCACAGCCUGCUCUGUUAUACAUCGUUCCAGGCGUGACUGGUUUUGUCGCUGUUCACUCUUUGUGGAAUGGAGAAGUAAAGCCACUACUGGAGUUCACAGAGUCCCAGCCUGAAGAGCAGGAAGCUGGCGAGGAAGAAGAUGAAGAACCCAAUCAGAGCAAAAAGGUGGACUAACCCUGUAGCUGCGCUCAGGUCCUUUUAGGAGAAGAGGAAACAAGGCAGGAAUUUCAGGCAAAGUCGGCAGCUAAAUAGGCUGGAUGACCUUCCGAACACCGGUUUCCUUGAGAACUGAGAAACAACUCACAUUAUAGAACAACCCUUUUUUUGUUUCGAAAAUUAUUACAAUUUGGUAUGGUGCGCGUAGUAGAUCGAAGAGGGAAAAGGGAUACAUAUGCUAAGAGACUUGCAACAGAAUUCAGUUCAGUUCAGUGACAUGACUUUACCAUCUGCCACCCAACCUUUUUGUUUUCAGAUUUCGCUCACCAUUACUGUACUGUGAUUCUGUGAACGCACACAUGCUGUAUUCCGUGAUCUAUUUUACCUGGAACCCUUAAUUAGCAUGACAAGAUGUUAUGCAUGCUGAG